AUGUUUCGACAAGGUUUGUUAUCUAGUCAUGUAAAUCAUCCGAUAAAACGAAAAACCAAACUAUUGAUUCAAGAACCAUUAAUUAUCGAAGAAUAUUUAGUUCUUUGGAUAGCAGACAACAAUGAUAGUGACACUUUAAAUACAACAUUGAUCACGAAGAUUAUUCCACGUUUGGAUUUCUCUUUUGAUAUUCAACAUUGUAUCGAGAUGAUCAAAGCAUCCUAUGCUAACAAUAAGAUUUUUCUCGUUUCAUCACAUUCCCAGAUAGAAACGCUAUUCAAAAAAGUCGCUCAUCUAUCGAAUAUUUUGGCAAUUUAUGUAUUCGAUCGUGAGCAACGAUUGGCGAUUACUUUAGACGAUUCAAACACAAAAUGGUGUGGUCAAUAUUCUGAUCUCGAAAGUUUAGCAAUUCAAUUGUCUCAUGAUUAUAAACGAUUGAAAGAGACAUCAUCAUUACCGAUCAGUAGCUUUCAUCGAGAACAAAAGGAGAAAACCGUACGAGAUUUAAAUAAAGAAAGUGCUCGAUUUCUCUGGUUACAAUUAUUAAUCGAUAUUCUUAUUCGAACAUCUUGUUAUGAGCAAGCAAAAGAGGAAAUGUUAGAUGAAUGUCGAACAUAUUAUAAAGACAAUGUCAUUUUACUAAGAAAGAUAGAUGAAUUUAGAGAUUAUCAGAAAGCAUUUGAAUUUCAAAAACGAGCAUUAAAAUUUUGGACUCAAGAUUCAUUGAUUCAAAGUAAUCAACAUCACAUUGCUAAUACCUAUGCUCAUCUUGAUGCUGCUUAUCGUCAUCUUGAAUAA